AUGGAAAACCGGACUUACACCACGCCCUCGCCGGAUGUCGUCGAACGGCUCCUCGCGGACGACUCCCCGAGCCCCAUGCACGUUGAACCGGACAGAAUUUUGCACUGGGUCUCUUCCCCGGGAGGUUCACCGGCCCACUAUCCGGAGCCCUCGGCGACCACCGCCUCGGAAGGCUCUCCUGCUCCGCCAUCCACAUUCUCUGGCAUUUCGCCAUCCGCCACCCUCGCCGCAACCCCGAACGCCUCCGCCGGACAACACCACGGGCUCGCGUCCCGCUUCGAGUCCGAGCCCGAGGACGAGAACGAGGCCGAGGCCGUCCUCUCGGCCGGCUCACCAGGCGACCCGCGCUCCCCCUCGGCGCUGGGGGGCACGCCGCCGCCUCCUCUGCCGCCUCUGGACCCGAGCCUCGGCCCCCCCUUCUCCUGCCCUGCUCCGUGCCCGAGGCGCGACGCGCGGGGAUUCUCAUGGUGCUGCUCGGCGACGCCAUCGGACUGGUAUGACGGGCUCUCUCCCCCCGACUUCCGCGCCGCGCCGCGCACGCUCGGCCUCUCUGGCGGCGCUGGCUCGGACCACCGCGACCCGGAAGAAGGGGGUGCAGGAGAACUCGAGGGAGAAGGGCAAGGGCAAGACGAACAAGAACAAGAACCAGGGGAAGAAGAAGAAGAUCGCUGA